AUGGCGAAUUCACAGACUGUGAUGCUUGUGAUCAGAUCAGCGAGGCCGAGUUUCCGAAACAACCGCGACAAGGCGGCUUUCGUAGUUCACGCUUCUUUCGUCGCCUCUGGUUUCAGACUCGUCGCGAUCGGACGGCCAGCCUUCGCUGAGGACGCUCUAGCUUCAUCUCCUACGCAAGGCGAGGUUGGGAUCGAGGGGUGGAACGAGUUCGAUGAGUACGCUUUUGUCUAUGCAAAAGGAUUGAAGAAGUUUUUGGUCAAGUGUUUUGCGAUAGAUGAUAAGCUUCUUGUUGAUGCUGUAGCUGAGGGUGGAAAAGAACCUGAGCAUUUAGAGAUAGAAAUUGAGAAGUAUGUUGGUGAAUCUGGAGUAGAGGGUGAUUACGAUGCACAAUUCAAAAACUUGGGGAAACUAGUCACUGAUUUGCAGGAUCAGAUUCUGUACAAGCUUGAUGAAGGACUUAAACCUGUUGCUUCUACAUCCAAGUCUAGUUCGGAGACUAACCAAGAAUCUGAGACUGGAUAUUACGGAGGCCCUCCGGUGAUUGGUGGUUUUGGCGAUGGAAGCAUGCAUGUAGGACCUAGUGAUACUCGCAUGUUCCCCGGAUUUGGUAAUCAUCCUGCCUUCAUGAUACCACCACAACCGGGUGUUCCACCUCCUGGUGUUUGGUAUGAUCCACGUCCACAUUAUGGCCCAGAGUUUGGCCCAGGUUUUGAGCCAGGCCCGUUCAGAAGGCAACUUCCAAGUAGGCCAGCGGAUGUUCAUCCUGAUCUUCAGCAUUUUCGCCACGGCUCUGGUUCAGAUAAUAUGUAG